GCGCGGAAGGGCCAUGCUGCGGAGGGCGCUGCGGCUCGGCGGGGGCCGGGGCCUGGUGACCCGCGGGCCGGGCUCGCGCGGAGGAGGCUCCACGCCGGACUGGGAUGGCAAAGUGUCUGAGAUUAAGAAGAAGAUCCAGUCGAUUCUGCCUGGAGGGGCCUGGAAUCCACUUUAUGACACCAGCCACCUGCCCCCCGAACACUCGGAUGUGGUGAUCGUGGGAGGUGGGGUGCUUGGCCUGUCUGUGGCCUAUUGGCUGAAGAAGCUGGAGAAGCGACGAGGUGCCAUUCGUGUGCUGGUGGUGGAACGGGACCACACGUAUUCACAAGCCUCCACAGUGCUCUCUAUCGGCGGCAUUCAUCAGCAGUUCUCGGUGCCCGAGAACAUACAGCUCUCCCUCUUUUCAGCCAGCUUUCUACGGAACAUCAACGAGUACCUGGCCGUAGUCGAUGCCCCUCCCCUGGACCUGCAGUUCAACCCCUUGGGCUAUCUCUUGCUAGCUUCCGAAAAGGGUGCUGCAACCAUGGAGAGCAACGUGAGAGUGCAGAGGCAGGAAGGAGCCAAGGUUUGUCUGAUGUCUCCUGAGCAGCUUCGGAACAAAUUUCCUUGGAUAAACACAGAGGGAGUGGCUUUGGCGUCUUACGGGAUGGAAAACGAGGGUUGGUUUGACCCCUGGUGUCUGCUCCAGGGGCUACGGCGAAAGGUGCAGUCCAUGGGAGUCCUUUUCUGCCAGGGCGAGGUGACACGAUUCGUCUCUUCCUCUAACCACAUGAAGACCACAAGUGGGACGGAGGUGACCUUGAAAAGGAUCUAUGAAGUCCAUGUGAAGAUGGACCACAGCCUGGAGUACCAGCCCGUGGAGUGUGCCAUAGUGAUUAAUGCAGCAGGAGCCUGGUCUGGGCAGGUCGCAGAGCUGGCUGGUAUUGGGAAGGGGCCACCUGGCACCCUCCAGGGCACCAGGCUACCUGUGGAGCCGAGGAAGAGGUAUGUGUAUUUAUGGCACUGCCCCCAGGGACCAGGCCUGGAGGCUCCUCUAGUCACAGACAUAAGUGGAGCCUAUUUCCGCCGGGAAGGAUUAGGCAACAACUACCUGGGUGGCCUUAGCCCCCCUGAGGAGGAGGAACCAGAUCCAGGGAACCUGGAAGUGGACUAUGGUUUCUUCCAAGACAAGGUGUGGCCUCCUUUGGCCCAGAGAGUACCAGCUUUCGAGACUCUGAAGGUUCGCAGUGCCUGGGCCGGCUACAACGACUACAACACCUUUGACCAGAACGGCGUGGUGGGCCCCCACCCGCUGGUUGUCAACAUGUACUUUGCUGCGGGCUUCAGCGGUCAUGGGCUCCAGCAGGCCCCUGGCGUGGGGCGCGCUGUGGCAGAGAUGGUGCUCGAGGGCCACUUCCAGACCAUCGACCUGAGCCCCUUCCUCUUCAGCCGCUUUUACUUGGGAGAGAAGAUCCAGGAGCAGGUCAUCAUCUGAGCCUGUGAGCUCCUGCCUGGGCCUGUGGGCUCACGGUCUGGCCGUGUUUGCGGUCCUCUGCUGCGUGAGCCUCCCCAGCACUGUGCCAGGCCCUCCCCCGUCAGGCAUGCCCGGCCUCAGGCCCCUGCCUGCCGCCUCUCCUCUAGGCCGCUCCGCCUCAUGUGGCUGGGCAGGCCCAGCCCAACAGGAAAUGGUGGGGUGGGACCCUAGGACUGAUCUGUAGCCCAGGCGGAUGCCACCCGCCACGGCCGUCCAGCUGGAGUCCUGGCCCAGGACUAGCUCCUUCCUGGUACAGAAAGACUACCUCGACCCUCUUGGCAGACCAAGGCAGGGGGACUUUCUGGGGCAGCUUGGCCCAGAUUUAUUGACUUCUCUAUUUACCCAGUCAUCAAUCAGUAAAUGUGGUCAACUCCUUCCCUCCAGUCUUCUGUCCCUUC